AUGCUACCCGCCGCCAACGCCCUCGACAAGCUCAAGGAGCACCCAGUACUUCGACACCUCAGCCUAGAUGGCGUUGUGACAUUCACACGCCUUGCGAGCCACCUCAAACGCGAUAUCCUCCAACCACAACCAAUCCCACAGAGUAAUCCAUCAAUUCCGCCCGCCGUCCUGCCCCUGCCUAUUAUGAAUUUUCUUGGAGCUUCUCUGGGAAUGUCCACCGAUGACAUUGAUGAUUGUUGGGAUAUUUUGCAAGAUUAUGUGUGGGAGAUACCUGUAGUGCCGCUUUCAUCAACGGACUUUCAUUUGUUCAAACAAUUUGGAUGGCCAUGUGGAUUGACCGCAAUAUCCAUAUACCCGCCCGACGACUGUUGUAUGAAUAUAAAUUGUCCAAACAAUCAACCGCUUAAGAAGGAGUAUCACAAAAAGGCCGUCGUGUACACGAUAGACUCAGGGGUUCAGCCUGCGUGGAAUACAUCACUCUACUGUCCAAAAUGUCAUACAAGUUAUCACAACAACUACAGCGUUAGCAAAGGGCUGCGAACGUACUACCCUGGACUUCCUAAAUUGAUACAAGUUGGAGAACACCAAUUUGUGGAGACUCGGGUGGCCAAUCAUUGGCGCGCGUUGAUGCUCUAUGGGUGGUUCUCGGCUUCGAACGCGAGCAGGCUAUUCAAGUCGACAAUGACAGAUGGUGACUAUUUCCAACCAUACGAGUGGGGGCUUAGUGAUACCCUCACUACGAACCAUGUGUGGGAUAGCUUCGUAAUCCUGUCAUUACCAUCGAAAAGAAAAAUUAUAAUUACAUGUAUCUAA